AUGGAUGAACUGCUACGGAUGUACAAUGCCAGCUAUGUUGAUGACAAUGCAGUCGCUGCUUUUGCUGCCCACAUUGAACAAGCCAUACAUCAUAGUGUGAUGUCGGCCUUUGAGGUUUUUGGCCAUGAUCCAAAUCAAGGUGAUUGCCUUCAAGCGACAAAGUGGGAACCUGAGGUCACCGAAACCUUCUUGCUUUUGGGUUUUCGUAUCAAUACCCAUGAUAUGACAGUCUCUUGGCCCCUUUACAAACGGGAAGAUUUGCACUCGCAGUUGGUGGACAUUCUUAAGCGUUGUCCUUGUUGUGUCUCUCCUCGAGAAAUGGCAAAGAUUGUUGGCAUUGUCAGAUCUGCAUCUGAGAUUGCUCCAUGGGGCAAUUUCUUGAGUUUCAACUUGCAAAAUGCACUGACACAGCCAAGCGGCCAAGAAUGCUUUCUCAGACAAACAAAGUUGGUGGACACGCUCCCAUAUCUAUCUAUUGCGGGUGGCAGUUGCUACGAUUCAUCAAAUGUUGGAAACAUUACUGGAACCUGA